UCAGUAGGGAUAGUUUUGUUCAAAAUCUUGGAGAAUAUCCAAAACCUUUUUGGCAGUAGCAGCACAGCACUAACUAUUUGUUCUGUGUGUGGAGAGUACACAUUCAUGCUCCUGCUAAUCUUCCUUUUGGAGGCUGUUGCUGGAGUUAUUGCCUAUGUUUAUCAAGAACAGGUUCGCUCUGAGCUUACACUCUCCAUGAAUGGGACUUUCAACAGUUAUUAUUAUUUUGACCAAGGUAGAACUGAUGCUAUUGACAAAUUACAACGAAAGUACAAAUGUUGUGGAGCUCUGGAUUUUGAAGACUGGCGUUACAGCAGGUGGCUGAAAGAGAACCCUGAUGUGAAAAAUAAAGUGCCUGACAGUUGCUGUAUUACAGAAACACCUUUUUGUGGUGUUCGAGAUCAUCCCUCAAAUAUUCAUGAUGAUAGUUGCAUCGGAGCACUUGAAAAACAGAUCAAAGAUCACCUAAACAUCUUGGGAGCCGUUGGUUUGGGAUUCUGCUUAGUUCAGGUUUUUGGAAUGAUAUUUUCUUGCUGUCUGUAUAUCAGCAUCAGAGAUUACAUCAGACCAAAGAAACAUUACAAUUAUGAAAGAUGAAGUGAAACUUUUUCAAUCAACAGAGAUUAGUAAGAACCCCAGGGGUGUCAGUAGUGCCUUCUUGAAAUGUAUUCUAUAGUAUAUGCUAUCAUGAGUACAUUUCAAGUAUACAAAAUGUAUACUACUUUCUUGAUUGUAAACAUUUCAAAAACUAUUUUUAUCAUACAUACAUACAUGGAGUUAUAAACCACUAAUUUAAUAAUUUUAACUAAUGUAAGUUAAAAAUAGCUACAAAAAUUCAGAUCAGUACAUAACAGAAGGUUCUUGUUUUAUCUGUAUUAUAUGGUUUAACCAGCUAAUAAUUUAUUAUAAUUAACAAGCAAAAAAUUAAAAAUUUAACACUUCAUGCCAUUAACCGUCAUUUUGAACAUAUUUAUGUUUUUUUUCUUCUAGUUUCAAACAGUUUUCGUAUAUUUUCUGCCUAGUUCAACAUAAAUUUAGGAU